GAGAUUAGAAAUCAGGGGGCAAGAUAAGGACAAUGCCACCAGCGUCACAAAACAACACAUACGAACGUUAUAAAGCUGUUGUUUAUUCCUCAUUUAUUUGGUCUUUUCUAGGGUUCAUAUAUUCACCCACCUUCGACUUUAAUGCUAACUUACAAACAACCCAAAUAUUCCCAACUCCCCAGAACAAAAGUAUGUAACCUCUGCUAAUUCCCAGGUAUCCGUGAGAUACAAAACGAUCUCUCAACAUGGGCCGUGAAUGGGUCUCAUUUCUCUAUGCCAGAGAGAACACAUCCAUAUCAAUGGGAACAUGAUGUGAAUGCGAUUCGACACGCCGAAGCGCGUCUGCUGGCAACUGCUUGGAGUCAAGCAUGUGGUAUCCCCCGGUGGCGCAAUGGACUGUUGGGCGGAUGUGGGUGGAAUCGCAUCUUCGGAACUUGCACGCACUUGCCAUGCCAUAACCGCGCUUGGACAGAUCGGCAAGCUACUGGAGUGGUACGGUGCCCGGUGGGAGGAUGCGCUGUCGCUGGGGGAGACGUUCCAGAUGUAUUCGCGGGAUCUGAUGGAGAUGCUUAGGGGGAAGAAACAGCAGAUGGGACAGAGGCAGGACGGGCGCAUACGCAUGGACCGGGAGGAUGGGAGAACCACCAGCAGCAUCAACAACACCAACAACACCAACAACACCAACAUCUACAUCAACAACAUCAACAUCAACGACAACAGAAUUCGGGACCACAUCAUCGGCCCCAACCGAUCUGCUGUGUCGGGUGCACCCGUCGCCCAUAAUCGCUCCAUGUUCCCCCCGCUACUGCUCUCCCCUUCUUCCUCUUCGCACAUCGUUGUUGUUGUUGUUGUCGUCGUUCGAAUCGCAAAUGGGCGCAUGUCACGGCCGUCUUGA